GCCCCCUUCAGCCCCGGGCUCCUGCCUCCGGGACUCCGCGGGUCCCAGCGGGGGCCGGGGUCUGGCUGGCUGGAGUCGGGGGGGAGGCACGUCCUUCCACCCCUCCGAGUCCGCCGCAGAGCCUCGAGCCGUGUCCCCAUCCUGGGGCGUCCUCCGGCCAGGUGUCCAUUGGAUGUGCGGCCGUGGCGGCUGGAAACUGAUUUGCUGAGUCACUCGCUGCACUUCCCUCCGGGGCAGCUGUUGCGUUAAAAAGGCUUAUCGGGCCCCGCGGUUCAGGGGCCAGUGCUCGCCCAACGGUCUGCCGGGAGGAGCCCCCAUUGUGGGGCGGUGGCGGUCUGAGCCGACCCGAAUAACUCAGUGUGUCUGCCGGGCCCGGAAGCGGGGAUCUCCCGGGCCAGACGGGCGCCCCAAGACCCACCUGCGCUGGCCGUGUGUGCGGGUGGCUCAUGGAGACGACGGUGAAGCACUGCAGGCAGUGGGGCCCAAAUUUGAACUUUACUCUCUCUGCGUGGGGCGAGUGUCCCAAAGUGCGGAGGGAAAGGUUCUGGAGGACACAUGCCAGCGGCAGAACUUCAACCCCAGCGAGUACGAUCUGAAGGCCCACCCAAAUCCAGGAUGACCUCAUCUCGAGAUCCCUAACUCAGUUUUAUCUGCAAAGUUCCUAUUUCCAAGUUUCAGAGGAAUGUUCUUGACCUCUCUCUCCAGUGGAGAUUUGCCAACCUGCCCAAUAACGCCAAGCUGGAGAUGGUGCCUGUCUCCCGGAGCCGCGAGGGGCCCGAGAACAUGGUUCGCAUCGCUCUGCAGCUGGACGAUGGCUCCAGGUUGCAAGACACUUUCUGUUCAGGCCAGACGCUCUGGGAGCUUCUCAACCAUUUUGCACAGACCAGGGAGUGCCUGGAGCAGCCGAGCGAGGCGAGCCCCGUCUGUGUGUACAUGCGGGACGAGGUGACCGGCAGAGCCUCCUUGCAGAGCACGACGCUCAAGUCUCUAGGUCUCACCGGGGGCAGCGCCAUCAUCAGGUUCGCCAUGAAGCGACGCAAUCAGGAGCCUGGGGUCUCCCGGACCAAGACCCCAGGGAGCCCGGCCCCCUCCCUGUCGGCCGACCAGGCCACCGGCGGCCCUCUACUCCCGCUGAAUUCGGUGGGGCUCAGCCAGGGUGACGUGAGCCAUCAGGAUGAAGUGGGCACCUCGGGGGCCAGCCGCGUGGACGCUCCAGCGAAGCAGAUCUCGAAGGAGCCUGCCCCCGCCCCCUUUGUUCCUUUCUCAGGUGGGGGACAGCGACUGGGGGGCUCGUCCGGGUCUGCCAGGUCUCUGAUGUCGCCUUCAGCCAAACCGCCGAAGUCCUUCUCCAGCCCGGGAGGCCCCUCCAAGCCGAAGAAGUCGAGGCCUGGCCAGGAGCCCGGGUCAGAGCCGGAGCCGCCGGUGGAUCGGGACCCCGUGGUGUGCCACCCGGACCUGGGAGAGUUGCUCCAGGCUUGCCCCGCGGAGCUGCCGGAUGAGUUCUUCGAGGUGACUGUGGACGACGUGAGGAGGCGCCUGGCCCAGCUCAGGAGCGAGCGGAAGCGCCUGGAGGAAGCGCCCUUAGUGACCAAGGCUUUCAGGGAGGCUCAGAAGAGGGAGAAGCUGGAGCGGUACCCCAAGGUGGUCCUGAGGGUCCUGUUCCCUGACCGCUACAUCCUGCAGGGCUUUUUCCGCCCUAAUGAGACAGUGGGGGAUCUGCGGGACUUCGUGAGAAGCCACCUGGGGAAUCCUGAGCUGCCGUUCUAUUUGUUCAUCACCCCUCCAAAAACCAUCCUGGAUGACCACAGGCUGACCCUCUUUCAGGCAGAUCUCUUCCCUGCUGCCCUCGUGCACUUUGGAGCUGAGGAACCAACAGGCCUCUUCCUGGAGCCCAGGCUGCUGGAACGCACCGUCUCCCCGUCUGCGGCUGACUUGCUGGUGGCCAGGUGCAUGCCCAGGGCUGCUGGGGCCCCGCCCCCGAUGCCAGCCCCUGACCCUGCACCCCGUGACUUGGAGCCAACGGCUGAGGCGGGGGCAGUGGGGCUCCCUGAAUCCCGCCCCGAGACGGCCCAGCCGGUCAAGAGGGAUCUGGGCAAGGUGCCCAAGUGGCUGAAGCUGCCAGAAAGGGACCCCACCGCGCCCUGCCUGCAGCUCCCCACCCUGGGCUCAUCGAUUCUGCAGCCGGUCUGGACCCGCGUGGACCUGGGGGAUGCCGCUUGCCGGGACCUCACUCUUGUGAACAGAGGCACAGACAGGUGUCCUCCCUGAGCCCCGACUUGACCUCACUGACACCGUUAAUUACCCCUCCUGUGAGGACCCCAGCGGCCCCAGGCGUUCGCUGCCUGGCCGCCUGUCUGAGCGCAGUGGCCGCGGGGCACGGGCUCCCGCCAGCCUCCUCUUCGGGUCUAAUGACUUCCACAUGCUCCCGGCUCUUUGAAGCCCCUAACACUCCCUGAGGAGAGGGGUGGGAGAGGAAAGUUGGGGGGCCAGCAUGGGAAGGGGUGCAGGAGGGAGCCAGCGGGGCUAAAUUAGGGAGGACAGGCUUGCUGUCCGGCCCAGGCCCUCCUCAGGUGCGGGCUGCCCGCAAAGGCGCAGAUCUGCGUGGCAGGCAGGGUGGCUGUUGUCCCUCCCCAGGGGACACCCUGCAGCUCAGGUGUGGGAGCCCCAGGGAGGUGGGUGCCGUGGGGUGGCCAGGCCCCCGAGCGCCUGGGGGGCAGCCGCACGACCCAGACCGGCUCUGGACAGGUCCCAUGCAGCUCGGGUCUCCAGCGGGGCACGGCCUGAGGCCACGGAGCCGCCCUGACCUAGCUCCAGGUCCCUCCUGCCAGCAGACCCUGCCCACGGCAACAUUGCUGGGCCGUGGCAGCCCCACAGCCACGCACCCCGUGGCGGGAGCACCGUCCGGCAAGCGGCCACAUGCGUGAGGGCUCGGGUUUCACUGCCCCUCGCUGUGGCCCGCGGCAGGGCGCUCACAGGCGCGGUUUGGUGUCCUCCUUUCUCAGGGCUGGGCUGCCUUCCGACCAGCACGGAGAGGGGCGGCCCAGCAGGCUUUGAAGCAACUUGACUUUGGGUGAUUAAUGCAUCAGGGAGGCGUGCCCGAGAGGCGGCUUUGAUUUAUUGAUGUUGCCUUGUGAGAGCAAAUUUAUGGCUCAGGGAAGCACCUUCUGAGGGGAAUAUCAAAUGGUUAAAAGGUUA